UUCAUUCUUCACACUGCUUAUAUAUAUACAUAGUCAUUUUGCCGUCUCCGGUCUCCGCUACACCAUUAAGUUUCAUCGCCACACUCUGAUCUUGGUCUACUCACCAUCUUUUCUCUGCACACGAGUCAGAGGCGUAGAAGAGGUUUCCCUUGAACAAAAAUCGAAAAAAAAAAAAAAAGAAAAAAAAAAAAAAAAAAGGAAAAGGGGCAAAGAAAAAUUGAGACAAGAAUGGAGAUUCUAAGUGCGGUUGUAGCAAAAAUCGCUGCGUUAUUCGUUGAACCAAUUGUUGGACCGAUUGUACCGUGCCUAUGUUAUUGGUUUAAGUACGACAGCAACAUUGACGCUAUGGAGAAGCAGGAGCAAAUCUUGCGGGAGACUAGAGAUGGUGUGCAAAAUUUAGUUGAUUCUGCUAGAAGAAAUGGUGAAGAAAUUGAAGCUCGUGUUGACACGUGGUUGAGAAAGGUGAGUAAGACUAUAGAAGAGGCCAGAGAAGUUCUUCAAGUUGAAGAAAGAGGACAGACGAGGUGUUCUAUUGGGGCAUGCCUGAACUUGAAGGUGCGGCAUCAGCUAAGCGAGAAAGCAGCGAAGAUAGUGCAAGAUUUUGAUAAAGCCCUGGAAGAAAAUAACAGAUUUUACAGAGUUUCUUACCGUCCUGCUCCACAGGAGGUAAUGACUAGGAGAUAUAUGAAUUACAUGGACUUUGAGUCAAGAAAGUCAACUGUGAAGGGACUUAUGGAGGCACUGGGAGAUGCUAACAUCAACGUAAUUGGUAUGUGGGGGAUGCCUGGUGUGGGAAAGACUACACUGGCGAGAGUAGUUGCCAGGCAAGCCAAGGAAGAAAAGUUAUUCGAUGAGGUGGCCAUGGCAGAUGUGACGCAGAGCCCGGACCUUAGACGAAUUCAAGGAGAAAUUGCAGACAUGCUGGAUCUAAAGUUUGAUAAGGAGACUGUACUCGGAAGGGCAAUUCGUCUACAGGGGAGAUUAUCACAAGACAGGAAGAUACUUGUAAUCUUAGAUGAUAUUUGGGGGAAACUUGAGUUGGAGAGAAUUGGAAUUCCUUCUGAGGGAUGCAAAGUAGUACUGAUAUCCAGAAAUCGAGAUGUAUUAUUUUGUGAAAUGGGCACCCAAAAGGAUUUUGGACUUGAAAUUUUACCUGAACAAGAAGCAUGGAAUUUAUUUGAGAACAUGGCGGGUGAUUGUGUUAAAGACCCUAAAUUUCGAUGCGAAGCAACGAAGGUAGCUAAAGAGUGUGCAGGUCUACCUAUUGCAAUUGUAACAGUUUCUAAGGCAUUAAAAAAUAAGAACUUAUCUGAAUGGAAGGAUGCCUUGCAGCUACUAAGAAGCCCCGCUCCUAGACACCUCACAAGAAUGCAGUCAACUAUAUAUUCUUCUAUAGAAUUGAGUUAUAGUCAUCUUGAAAGUCAGGAGCUUCAAUAUUUGUUUUCGCGUUGUGCUGAGAUGCAUUUCUCCAUUAACUUUCUGGACUUAUUGAAAUACUGUUAUGGUUUGGGUUCAUUUCAUGGCAUUAAUACAUUGGAGGCAACGAGAAACAGAUUAUAUAGACUAGUUCGUAAUCUGAAAGACUGUUGUCUAUUGCUAGAUUGUCCUCAUAGUUCUAAGGAUUGUCAUAUGCAUGAUGUUGUUCGUGAUGUUGCUACAUUAAUUGCGUCAAAGGAUCAUAAUAUGAUUAUCUUGAGAGAUGAUGAUGGGCUAAAAGAAAGGCUAGAUGUGGAUGUACUCAAAAGAUGCAAGGAGUUCUCUAUGCGUGGUGUAGAUUUCCAUGAACUUCCUGAUGAAAUGGAAUGCCCAGAAUUAAGAUUCCUUUAUGUGAAUGGCAGAGAUCAUUCUUUGCAAAUCCCAGACACUUUCUUUCAAGGGAUGGGAAGGCUCAAAGUUUUGGAUUUUACACAAAUGCAGCUUUCAUCACUUCCUUCAUCACUUCCUCUCCUUAGAAACCUACGAACUUUGUGUCUGGAUGGUUGUGUGUUGGACGACAUAGCUGUAAUUGGAAAGCUCAGGAAUUUAGUAGUUCUUAGCCUUCUUGGAUCCCAAAUUUCGAAAUUGCCAAAAGAAAUAGGGUUCUUGACUCAUUUGCGGUUGUUGGAUUUGAGCAAUUGUUCCAAACUUGAAGUGAUUCCCCCUAAUGUCCUAUCGAGCUUGGUGGAAUUAGAAGAGUUGUAUAUGGGAAACUCUUUUGUUCGAUGGGAGGCUGAAGGACUCAAUAAUGAAAGAAAUAAUGCUAACCUUGCUGAGCUAAAGCAUUUGUCCCAUUUGACCACUUUAGAGAUACAUAUUCCAGAUGCCAGAAAUCUGCCAAAGGAUUUGUUGUUCGAAAAGUUGGAAAGAUAUGUAAUAUUUGUAGGAGAUGUCUGGGAUUGGUCUGAUAAGAGUAAAUCCUCAAGAACAUUAAAACUUAAGAUGAAUACAAGCUUUCAAUCAUGGGUUGGGUUUAAAAUGCUGUUGAAGGGAACAGAGGAUCUUUAUUUAGAUGAGUUAAAGGGUGUUAAAAGUGUUCUACACGAAUUAGAUAGGGAAGGCUUUCAACAAUUGAAGCAUCUCCAUAUCCAAAACAAUCUUGAGAUUAAGUAUAUUAUUAACUCAAGGGUGUCAGUUAGUGCCUUUUCUGCUUUGGAGACCUUUGUUCUAAAAAAUAUGACAGGCUUGGAAGAAAUAUGUCAUGGCCAACUUCCCUUGACAUCCUUUGGUAACUUGAGAGUUGUAAAAGUGGAACAUUGUGAUAAAUUAAAAUUUAUCUUCUCAUCAUCCAUAGCUAGGGGCCUUUUGCAACUUGAAGAAUUAGAGAUAAGAGAAUGCAGCAUCAUGGGUGCAAUAGUCGUUAAAGAAGGUGAAAUAGAAGACACAGAUAUGAUAUUGUUCCCUAAAUUGCGUUGCUUGGUAUUACGAGAUCUUCCAAAGCUCAUCAGCUUCUUAAGCGCACAAAAUUCAUUCAUAACUGCUUCUGGAGAAAUCAUUUCAGAUGGAAAGCUUGAUUUUUACAUGCCAAUUCUACACGAACAGGUUGUGUUCCCCAACUUGGAAAGGUUGGAAUUGUCCACAAUAGACUUGGAAGACGUACAACACAAUCAACAUCGGGCAACAAACUCCUCUUGCAGAUUAGAGAACAUGCAAUCCACGUCAAGGUUUCAAAAUUUGUCACGCUUGGAAGUGCAGGGCUCUAGUAAUAUAAAAUAUCUAUUGUCAUUCUCUACAGCCAGGUUUAUGGGGCAGCUCAAACACCUUCACAUAUUCGAAUGUAAGGUUAUGGAAGAGAUAAUAGUCACAGAAGAAUCAGGAGUAGUAGAAGAAAGAAUUCCUAAGUUGGUGUUGUUCAGUCAACUUGAAUGCUUGAUUCUAAAAGAUCUUCCAAUGCUCAAAAGAUUUUGCAUAGGAAGUAAUAUCGAAUUUCCAUCCUUGAAGCAACUGUGGAUUGAACGUUGCCCUAAAUUAAAGACGUUCAUAUGUAAACCUGUCAGUUCAGGCAUGACCUUCGACAAAGAACUUGUGGAAAUGAAUGCAAAGGACAACCCUCAUACCGCCAUGCAACCUUUCUUCAAUGAAGAGGUUGCCUUCCCUAGUUUGGGAGAGUUGGGAAUUUCCCAUCUGGAUGACUUGGAAAUCAUAUGGCAUAACCAAUUUGCCAUAGAUUCCUUUUGCAAGCUUCAGACUCUAAAAGUUGAAUUUUGUGAAAAUCUUACGAAUUACGUCUUUCAAUCUAAUAUGCUGGCAAGAUUUCAGAGUCUAGUUGAACUAACCAUAAGUGAUUGUGGCUCACUGCAAGAAGUAUUUGAAUUGCAAGGGCCAAAUGUUGAAGGAACACAUGCUGUAACAGUCAUUCAGUUGGAAAAAUUGUAUUUGGUUCGUCUACCCAAAAUGAAGCAUGUAUGGAAUAAAGACCCCCAAGAAAUUUUCAGCUUUCAAAAUCUAAAAGUUGUACGUGCUAUGGAAUGUGAGAGUUUGAAAAGUUUAUUUCCAGCCUCAGUGGCAAGAUGUCUCAUGCGAUUGGAGGAGCUUCAUAUAGUUGAUUGUGGGGUGGAGGAGAUUAUUGCAGGAGAAGAAGGCGAAGGAGCAGAAGCGAUAAGUAGGUUUGUGUUCCCUCAAGUAGGUCAUAUAUGUCUCGAUCGCGUACCAAGACUCAAGUGUUUUUACCCUGGAAGGCAUUCUUCAGAAUGGCCAAUGCUGAAAGAUAUGGUGGUGAGUGGAUGCCAAGUUGAUACAUUUGCUUCUGAACUUUCGAGCGAAACACUUCAGGAGAGCCAACUUCAGAUCUCCGGUAAACAAUCCCUUUUCUUGGUUGAUGAGGCUACGUUCCCCAAUUUGCUGUAUUUGAAAUUGGUGCAUUGUGGCACAAUAUGGCGUGGCCAGGAUUUGGGGGGGUGCUUUUGCAAAUUAAAAGCUCUUGGGUUGAUCAACGAUCAUAAUAAUUCAGCUGUUUCUCUGUCUAAGUUUCUUAAAGGAUUACACAAUCUGGAGUUUCUUGUUGUGCUUCGUACUCGUUGGGAAGAAGUAUUCCCAUAUGAAGAAGCUCUUGGUCAAGAAGAACAUGCUAGGAUACUCCCAAAAUUAACAGAACUAUUUCUAACUGAACUACCAAUGCUGACACAUUUGUGGAAAGAAGACACCCAACCAUGCCAAGUUCUUCAUAAUCUGAAAAAACUGGAGGUGACAGAAUGUGGCAAAUUGAAAAACUUAGUGCCAUCCUCAGUAUCUUUCCAAAAUUUGUCAGAACUGGAAAUUUCAAAGUGUCAUGGAUUGAUUAAUUUAGUUACAUCCCCAACAGCCAAAACUCUGGUGCAGCUCAAAAAAAUGAGCCUAAGCGAAUGCGAAAGUAUAACUGAAAUUGUAACAAGGGAGGGAGGUGAAGCGAAUGAUCAGGUGGUCAUUACUUUCAGCAAAUUGACUUACUUAAAACUUGAUUGCUUGCCAAGGCUCAUAAACUUUUGCUCGGGAAGUUAUUACUUGGAGUUCCCAUCUUUGGAAGAAGUAAUUGUGAGACAAUGCCAAGAGAUGAAGAUUUUCACUUAUGGAGACUUGAGCACACCAAAGCUACAAAGAGUACAAGCAACAAAGGAAGAUGAAUGGCAUUGGAAGGAUGACCUGAAUUCCACCAUACAUUGGCUUUGGGAGGGCAAACUGUGAUAUCACCAUGCUAUAUAUGGUUGUUCAGAGAAAGGCAAGGUUCAGAAUUCUGAAGAAGAAGAAGAUCAUCAACCCUUAAUUUUUUUUCUUUCUUUUGAAGUCAGUUAGUCAGAGGGAUGUCGAUUUACAUGUUUGUUGAAAUAAAUAGAGCGUGUCUAAGGUUCCUUGUUAUACUAUUGCUUCUUUAUUUUCUUGUCUUGAUAUGUUUAUAAAGAAAUAAUAAUAAUAAAAAAAAAUAAAAAGGUACAAUGCAUUGUUUGAUGCA